UUGUAAAGAAUUUUUAAAAUUAUUGCCUCGACUGUCUGGCAACGCUGCGCUGAUGCAACCAGCAACAGAACAAAUUCAUGGAUUCACGAUUAUAUUAAAUAUAUAUUAGAAAACAAACAUGUGGUGCUUAAAAACGGUCAGUCAACUAUUCAAAAACAGCAUAACAUCUGCCAAUGUGAACUACAAUUGCGUAGCCGGCCUCAAAUAUUUCCCACCGCCAGUCAAAUAUGAAAAUAUCGAGAAGGUGGAUCGACCCAAGCUGCGUAUCAUGGAGCGCAUGCCCCAACUGCCGCCCAACCUUCGACCGCCCAAAAUGCAAAAACGUUUGCGUUACAUGCGCGGACCCGAGCUUGUCCACAACCAGCUGCUGCACAAGCAAUAUGCGAUCAUUGCCACUGGUGGCGGUCGUCUGCGCUGGGGCCACUACGAAAUGAUGCGUCUGACCAUUGGUCGCAAGAUGAACGUGAACACAAUGUUUGCCACAUGGCGUGUGCCGGCGCCUUGGCAGCCGAUCACCAAGAAGGGUCAAGGCCAGCGCAUGGGCGGCGGUAAGGGCGCCAUCGAUCAUUACGUGACCCCGAUUAAGGCGGGUCGUGUCAUAGUGGAAAUUGCUGGCAAAUGUGAGUUCAUCGAAUGCAAGGGCUUCCUACAGCAGGUGGCCAAUCAGUUGCCAUUCCAGGCUAAGGUUGUCUCUCAGCAAAUGCUGGAUGAACAGCAGGUCGAGGAGGAGCAAUUGGCACGCGAAAACCAAAAUCCAUUCACAAUGAAAUACGUUAUACAAAACAACUUAAAUGGUUGCCAUCGAUGGCUGUCGCCAGUGGAUCACAAGUGGUUCGGCAAGCAUUUAUAAAUAAUCGAUGUAUGAG